UCCCCGCCUCCUGUAUACAGACCGCGGAUUUUUGAAAAUAACGACAGUUUCAGUAACAAGACGUAGCGUCAUAUUAAAAAGAUUGACGGCCACACAUCAUAUUGUGAACAUCAUGUCUUCCAUUACCGAUCCAAACAUGAGUAUCAGGUUCACCAGUGCGAUGGAGGAGAUCCACAACAAACAGCUUAAAACAUAUGGGGAGAUAAUUGACGUGACUACAGAGCUGUGCCAGUCCCACAGACAGUUUGUGAAGUCGGCACUUGAUACAUGUUUAAAGAAAUGUAAGGACGAUGAGAUUCUGUUUGACACAAUACAGACGUUCAGAAGAGACUUGGAACAGAAAAAUGCAUCUUUGAAAGGCAAACAGCAUGCCAUUUCUGAAAUGAUAUCUGAGAUUCAGCACAAGGAGAUGCAGAAAGACGACAUCAUCCAGAAGAUAGAGAAACUUAAAGAAGAACAAGUCAAGAGAAAAGAGUUGAUCGAGUCUCAAAAUAAAGCAAACAAACUCAGACUGAGGAAUCUUCAGAAAGCCAGAGUUGUCUUUCAGGAUCAUUUGGGGAUGGAGAUACGAACAAUCUCUGGCAAAACACAAGUGGUUAAAGGUGGAAAGCUGCAGUUUGUUUUCCGGAAUAUCAGCCCUUCAGAUCUGGACAGCGCCUACGUUGUCACAAUGGGGAUUACAGAAGACAGAUCAUACCAGAUUGUGUCAAGUGAUCCUGUGCUCGAGUGUUUGCCAGCCUUGGAGAGACAGCUUCAAGAGACCAAUAACUUAGCUGCAUUCCUGGCAAAUAUCAGGAAGGAGUUUAUCUCUCAGGCACGCGGCUAAGAUUGGAGGAAUGGGAGAAUAAAAUGCCAUGCAGUGAAGUUGUUGCUGCAAUGUGGAUACUGUAAAUAUGAAGCUAAAUGAUACUCUUAUCCAUGUAUUAAAUAAAGGAUUUUUCACUUAGAAUCA